AUGGCUUCCUUUGGGGUGGCCAGCCUUUGGAUCUGUCGCGCGGCUCCAGUCGCACAAAAUCGUGUUGGCUUCCCCAGAGCAGCGGCACAGAGCGACGACUUCAAUCUGAAUCCCUAUCCAGGCAAGCCGCGGCUGACAUUCAACGAGGAUGGUACCUUCAAGAUCACCGUCUUCUCUGACUUGCACUACGGGGAAAACCCCUGGGACGUCUGGGGCCCCCAACAAGACGUCAAUAGCACUACACUCAUGAACACUGUUCUCACGAGCGAGAAGCCCGACUACGUCGUUCUCAACGGUGACUUGAUUACCGGAGAGAACACGUUCCGGGAGAACUCGACGAAGUUGAUUGAUGAGAUCGUCGCUCCUCUCAACAAGCUCAAGCUGCCUUUCUCGUCCACACACGGCAAUCAUGACAACGAACCCAACAUCACGCAUGCCGAAGAGAUCAAGCGUGAGCUGCAGGUCGCGCCUCUCAGCUACACGCGCUUUGCCCCGUCUUGGGCAAAUGGCCAGGGCUAUGGUCCCGGAACGUACUGGGUUCCUGUGUACACGAAGGCCACCGAUCACUCACCCUCCCUCGUUCUGUGGUUCUUCGACUCGCGCGGCGGUUUCAGUGAGGGCGUAAACUCGACGCGUGUCCCCGACUGGGUCGAUGAGAACGUCGCGACGUGGAUCAACUUCACCGUCGCCACAAUGGACGCCGCUUGGGGUCCCGCUGAGAAAGUGAACCGAGGCUCGCUCGCCUUUGUCCACAUCCCACCCCACGUCGUGCAGGACCUCCAGCCGAACCUCAACAGUACUCAGGACCCCGGUCUGAAUGCUGACGAGCUCGGUUCGGGAUCAACACAGGCGACGACACUCCCACAAGACGCCGACAAGGACGAUCCGUUCUGGAACGCCCUCAACGCACAAGUCAAGAACCUCCACGGUGUGAUCUCGGGGCAUGACCACGGUAACGAGUGGUGCAAGCGCGAGAUCACGAAGAACGUCAUCUUCUGCUUCGACAAGCACUCCGGAUACGGUGGAUACAGCAGCACGGGGUGGGGGCAUGGCGUGCGCAAUAUCGUCUUCCGUUCGCCGGACCCGAACGUUGGGCCGGAGACUUGGAUCAGGAUGGAGGACGGGGAGACCCAUGCUCGCAUCAUCAUGGAUUCCUCCUACAACUGA